ACAGAAAAAAGGAAAGAUGUCUGUUACAAAUGCUAUGUUCAUUUUCGAAGUUGUGGUAGAGAGUGUUAAAAAUAUGACAAAUUCCACAGAAUUAGUUAUAAGAAGCGAUUUUGCUGACAUAUUUUCAUUAGAAUUAAAAGAUCCUAAGCAAAUGCAUAUAGUCAUGCCUGAGCCCCUUCCCUUGCCACCCGAGCCGCCAGGGAAAAAGAAAAAAAAAGAGAAAAAGCCAAAGGGUAAGAAAAAAGGUGCAAUGGAGGCACCGCCCCCGGAGCCGGUCAUACAAUCCGGACAGUCUGUUUUGUUUUCCAGCAGUCCUGAGCUACUCGCGCAGAAUAUGAAAGCUUGCCCCAUGCAAAUAUCUUUAUGGAAUAAAGAAGAUUAUACGACGUGUAUAGGAUCUGUUUCAAUACCAUGGGAUUCACAGUUUCUUAAGUACUUAGAAAUACUUUACAAAUGCCAGGAUGCACCUCCGGUAACUCUAAAUGAAGAAUACAAUAUAUUUGAAGAAGGAACAGCUAAAUUGAUAGCAAAGCUUGGAAUCCAAGUUAAACUUUCACACUUAGGUGAUAAGGUAACAGCAGCGUUUCGGACACUCUCCGAAGAUCCAGUAAUAAAAAAAGUACUGUACACCGGUAUGAAUUCAAAAACGACAUCCUAUAUAUGUACGAUGAAGACGACAGAUGAGGUAUUCGAAGAGAACUGCAACAAAGUAGAAAAUAAUUAUAUCAUAGAUAAACCACGUCCUCCACAAAUGAUUUUCGCCGACUACAAAAAUGCACCAGGUGCAAGAUUUACCUUCACUGAUGGAGAUUACUGUUGUAUGGGUCACGCAGAUAAACCACCAAACUCGCCACAUAAGGCGCCAGAAACUUGUCCGGAUAUAGAUUUCAUAAUAGAAUAUGUUCGAAAAAUUAUGACCUCAUGUUACGAUAAUAUGAGAAUGCUGACUCCUCGUCCGACAAUAAAGCCAAGAAUAAAAGCUACAGAUAUUGAUAGGCUGUGCUACUGUAAAGAAACCAAUUGGCCACAGAACGAACUGUCAUCGAGAUUUAAAAAAGAAGUGCAAAAAGACCCAUGUCCUCUGUGUAGAACGCCUGGUCCUAGGGAAGCAAAGCCCACGGGAAAAGUAGCGGCGACAUUUGACAUAGCUAAUAUAAGAGGACCUUGCGGACGGCACGAUUGCAAAAUAGCCAGAGGUGUUCGAGCCUAUAUAGAAAACCUUAUAGAGGAAGACAACAAAGAAAUCAAAAUAGAAGACAUUAUUGGACCUUGCGGAAGCAAAGAAUGUACCUUAGCUGAAAAGAUUCAACAAUUUCUUCGUCAAGAAGGAGUAUUUAAAGAGAUUAAUAAUGUGGAAGGUCUUUCUACUCAAUGCGCUUGUAUAGAGCAAAUGCAAAAUGCAUUUAUGACGAAGAAAACACCUAAGCCCAGCGGCAGUGAUGACUCUUCUACAAGUGACAGCGAAGGUCCUUGUAAGAAAAAAGGUUGUCCGUUUGGAGAUAAACCUAAUACGACACAAGUUUAUAACGUCUACUACUUUUUUGUAAAAUAUGAUAAAAGUGGAAGUGGAACAUCUUCACCCCCAGACACAAGUACCAAUAAAUCCUCGAAAUUCGAGUAUUGUACAUCGGAAUGUCCCAGUAUUAAAGCUACAGAGAAAACGUCCUGUUCUAAAAGUGCUUGUACAUUUUCAUCGACUAAAGACAGUAAUCAAAAUCCUACGGCGAAAAGUCUCUGCGAUUCCUUGAGUCAGACCAUACAGCCGAGCCCCGACGACAGCGACGUUAUCAUGGACUUUGAUGAAAUUAAAAACCCUUGUUGUGUUAAAUCUUGCAAUGUGGUUGAAACUGUAAAAGAUUUUAUAGUGCAAGGAGCCAGAAGUGACAAAAAGGUUUGCAUCACUGAAGAUCCCUGUUACUGCGAUUGUACAUGCAAUUUUAACUUUUCUAAUAAAACCACUUAUUGUGCUGUUUGCGGGGGCUAUGAAUGCAUAGGAGAAGAUGUAAAACAGUUGCCCGAAUUUCUUAAGCCUCAUCCAUGUCCUGUUUAUAAUAAGCUUUACGACAAGCACUACAUAAAAGUACCAAGUCCGUGGCCCGACGCGGACGCUCCGAAAGCACAGGAUACUUUGAGCAUAAAAAGCACUAAGGGCGGAGAGUCCAAAACCUCAGAAAAGAAAAUGCAUGGCACAAAAUCAGGCAUACAUGAGUCUAAAUCGGAUCAGAUAGGCUCUGACAGAUCUUUUAGAAGCUCACAUAAGAUGAAAUCAAGCAAUGCGUUAACAAAAUCUAAAGCAAAGAAAAAGAAAGAAGAAGAGAAAUCAAAGAAAAUAGUUCCUAAAAUUGAGAAACAACCUUCACCUGUUGAGAAACCGCCAGAGGUGAAAUACCCCUUUCCACCUGUUCCCAAAAAUAUGGGCUGGCUUUGGACAGCCGAAGAUGUUCCAGGUUUAAAGUUUCGACCGAAAUGGAGGCCCGGUGCAGCGAACAAGAUACUGGUGCGACGUUACAGAGCAAUUAGAGAAGGUGUUGAUAUUAUAGCGAAAAAAAAGAGAGCCUUAAUGCAAAGAAAAAAGAAAAUGGAAAUGAAACCGACUCUAGUAGUAAAAAAGAAGAAUGGAGACUACACGGUACAGAUGGAAGUUUUCAAAAAAUACUCAAAAGAGCGUCUGAUAUUUCAAUAUCCCUAUGAUGAAAAACCACCAGUAAUAUACACAAUAGGAAAAACUGAGGAAGAAAAAGCUAAGAUUCAAAAACAGAGGGAACGAAGAGAACGUCGAGAAACGAGACGAAAAUGUCGCCUCCUUCAGUCUACGUUCCGUAACAGAUGUCAAGAAAUUUGUUUAAAAGCAUAUAAUCAAGCUAUUGGGUUAUUACCAUUGCCGGAACCCAAUAAUCCUGAAUGCCCUUGUUACACCGACGCGGGAAAACCUCUCUCACCCCAAAUAGACUCGUGUUCCUGCUCUGACGAAGGAAGUAUAACUAGUAGUGAUACUGAUAACGACGAUUGGGUCAUUGAAUUUACUCCUCCACUUGCUCGUUGGGAUCCUAAGGUAAAACAUCCCCCAGUGCUUAUGGACAAUGACAGUCAAUACAGUUAUUUAGAUUAUAAAGUUAAAUUACUUGAUAAAAAUGGAAAUCCGGUACCAAGAUUUUUCAAGGGUCCUGAUGGAAAGCAGGAAUGCAGUGAUCUCGGUGGGUUUUGGGGCCCUAAGCACGUUUGGCUGGAGAUUAAUAAAGACGGUUACAUAGGACCCGAUAAUAGGUGGGUGCCAAUGAAUUUUACCGGUCCCGAUGGUAUGUUUUAUUCAUCUGAAGAAGGAGUUUUCACUGACAACACAGGUCGCACUUUAAGGAUCGGAAUUGACGGUUACAUCGAAAAAGAUGGUAAAUGGGCGUGGUAUUCCAGCAGGAAAUUAGCAAAGAGUGUAAAAUCUAAAACAAUGUCGACCACCGAGACCGCAAGCUCUAAAAUAGCAAAAGAUAAAUUAGAAAGCAAAAAACACAAUAAAGCAAAUCCUGAGCCUGCGACAAAACCUAAUUCAACAAAAGCUACUGAAAAGAAAGUAGCAAGCAGUGCUAUGGCAAAAGGUGGAAAAGAGAAACCUAAAAAAGUUGGUAUUCGUGGGAAAGUAAAUAACCCUGUUGUAAUGAGCGUUUCUGUCGAUCGUGUUCAAAGAAAACUGAUGCAGCAAGAUGAUGUUGGAUAUGCUAUGGAUCAAGCUAGGUUGGAGAGAUACAAUGAGAUAAUGGAACAGAUUUAUAACGAAGGAUUAGAGCUUAGGUUGCCGUCGAAAACAAAUAGAGCAUGUAAUACUUCAAAAAAGAGAUUAAGUCCUUUGAGGAUUCCAAAUAAAAUGGUUCAGAGAACUCGAUCCGUCAGGUCUAUCGGCAAUGGUGAAAGUGUUACUACAACAGGAUCUGAAUAUCGUUAUGCUAAAUAA